AUGGCGGCGGAGCGCUUGGCCUUCUUCUUCCAGUCUUUAGCAUGGAUCCAGGACCCUGGUGGUGGCAUCACCUUUCGCGCCGAGACGGACGCGCUCACGGCCGGGAUGUUUGAUCCGGGCACCGUGCCGUCAUUGACGCAGAUCAUCCCAGCGUACAACGAGGUGGUGAUCCCCUCUGUGGACUUCCUCCGCGCAGGCGCUCUGCCCGAGGACGCAAUGAAUCAAAGUCCGGACGAUCAGCACGGCAUCGGCGACCUCACCGCGCCGCCGCUGGGCGACGGCGUGAACCCGAACCUCGCCUUCAUCAUUUCCCAGUUCCCCGAAGAGUGGAUGUUCCUCGCGAAGAGGCUCUUCCAUGAAGGUCUCAUCGAACAGCCGAACUCCCACGAACUCUACAAGAGCUUCAUGAAGCGAAAGUUGAGGGAUGGACUCGUCCUGGAGGUGAGAUUAUGGGCGGCCAUGCGGACGCAGACGGUGGCGAAAACCGUGGUCGGAGCAUUGCAAUACGCGCGCGCGUUAGCGUCGCUGCCAAAGAUGAAGCAGUACUACGCGCAAUUUCCCGAAAAGCGCAAUCCAGAGGAUCACUCUGAGUUGAUCCUGGCGCAUCAAUCCUUCGGAAUGAAAGCACCUGAGGGCAGCCCCGAGAACGAUGAAGCGGUCAGGCUGUUGCUUUCCAGGCAUGCCAAUGACCCAGUUUUCCUAGUCUUUGACCUUACUCCUGCAACUUCAGAAGAUGUUUGGUACAUGGUGGAGGCGUUCCUCACCCGAAGAGGUGGAUACCAACUUGGAGCCUUCAGCUACGCCAGCGUGAAGUGCAGGUGGGAUUCAGCUUUGGGAGACCUGUCAGUGCUGGAGGUCCUGCCCAGGAAGUACCCGCUGCGGCUAGGCCAGGGUGAGUACAAGACCCAGGGUAAGGCAUGCAAUCAGCUGAAUGCGAUUCGCUUUGCCUCGGGGCACUACAUCCAGGCCUUGGAUUGCAACAUGGGCACCUUCAAGGGAGAAGGCUUCAAGGUUCCCUAUGUCCUACGGCUGUUUAUGCCUUUGGACAAGAAGAACCGCGUCGCCACGCAGUGCCGCUUCUUGGGCUUUCGGGAGCACAUCUACACCGCCCGCGAAGGGACGGUCGGGAAGUGCCACGCGGCGGCGGAGUGGACCUUCGGGACCAUCUACCAACGCUUCCUGAGCGGCAUGGGCACUCGAAUGCACUACGGCCAUCCCGAUUUUGUCGAUGGAUUUUGGGCCAGAAACCGUGGAGGAAUGAGUAAAGGCUCUCCUGUCGUGAACCUUAGUGAGGACAUUUUUGCAGGCAGGGUGGGUGACAGACGGUCGCUGGAUGUGGUAUUGACGAGUGUACGCAGGUGCCAAGGGCCGUUGUUGAAUGAGAGCAGUAGUUACAACGUCCACAUGCGUGAGGAAGCGUCACCGCACGUGGACGCCCUUGAAUUCGAGAAAGGCAGAGAGGCAGCGUUCAACGCAGCGUCCGCCUUCUUCGCGAAGAUCUCCGGCGGAAGCGUCGGGAUCCUCCGGUCAAGAGACAACCAUUUGCUCUGUGAAAGGAUUGGAAUUCUGCACUCGUUGUCGUUUUACUUCACCUCCGUUGCGUUCUAUGUGAGCAACUUGUUGAUUGACAUUUCGAUCACUCUUUAUGUCACGCUUUUCAUCGUCUUCACUCUGGCCAAUAUCGACCUGACCAAGCUCUCGGCUUUGGGCUCUUCCUUUAGUUCCGAGUGGCUCUUGUCCCUCGGGAUCAUGAGUCUUUUUCCUCAGCUUUUCGAGAUGAUCCUGGAGCCUCGUGGCAGCAGAGUCACAGAAAUUCACUCCUUCCUGCACAAGCAUGACUUGAAAGGGUGGAAGCUUGGAGUUGGCAGCCAGGGUUCUUCCAAGCUUUAUUGUAAGCAGUUUGCAACCUGCAAGCUGACACUGCAGCGCCUCCUGGAUAGUGGACUCUGCAUCAAGAAGAAGCAGGUCGAGCUUGCUCUUUCCCUCACAGCGGACAAUCACAAGCAAGUUCGUGAAGCAAUAUCAGAGUUGAAUGGAUACCAAACACGGUACCAGCGUCUUGACGACAAAGGCGUCGAACGCGCCAAGGAAAUUAUCAGGGUGGGGCAGCAAUUGCGCAAUGCAUCCUCUGAACAAAAGCUCGAGAUGCUCCGAGUGAAGCUCGAAGGUCUUCGUGAAGAGCACGCGCUACAAAACUCGAUCACCAAGUGCUGCCGCCUCCGCCGACACAUCCGUGAAUCACUUCAAGAUGGAGGCACUGGCCAGUUGCGGUUGCAGCUAAGCCAGACCUUGGACUCUGCAAAAGUGCUGAUGCGUGGCACAUGUGUUGAAUUUGCUCAAGCAACAAGGGCACCAGCCUGGGAAUUUCCAGUGCUCUUGGACUUACUUUUCCGUUUUUUUGAUGCAGAGGGAUCAAUUUCGGUUGCUGGGUCUUCGUGCACAUUACGCAUGGAAAUUAACCAGAAGAUACCCUUUGUGCUGGAGGAGCUUCAUUUCUUCCUGCGCAAAAAUGAUCUGAACAAAUGGACACUCAAGCAUCUCAGCAGUGGAUACUACAAACUUCGCUGCGUGGACACUGCCACUUGCAAGCUGACUUUGCAGCGCUUGCUGAAAUGUGGGCUCGAUGUCAAGAAGAAGCAGGCGGCCCUUGCUUUGUCCCUCACACCAGACAAUCACAAGCAAGUUCGUGAAGCAAUACAUGAGUUGAAUGGAUACCAAACACGGUACCAGCGUCUUGACGACAAAGGCGUCGAACGUGCCAAGGACAUCCAAAGGGUGGGAAACCAAUUGCGCAAUGCAUCCUCUCAACAAAAGCUCGAGACGCUCCGUGUGAAGCUUGGAGACCUUCGUGAAGAGCACACGCUGCAGAACUUGGUCACCAAGUGCCGCCGCCUACGUCGACACAUCCGUCAAUCACUUCAAGAAGGAGGUGUCAUGAUGCCGAUCCGACAGAGUCGCAUCGGCUGA